AUAAAAUAGAGCGGUCGACAUAUCUUCCGUUGAAUCUUCUUCUUCUUCUUCUUCUUCUUCUUCCUGUGUUGUGGAAGGUCGUCUUCCUUAUUCAGAGGACCAAAACUAAUCAGUCCACAAGAAAGAAAAAGAAAAUAUAUUUUCCCGCAAAAUUAUUCACCAAGAAAAUCUAUGUUAGGCAGCGAAAAAUCUCCAAAGAGGGUUUCCGUUAUCACCUAAUCCUCCGUACGUUUCUUCCCAUCUCCAGAUUUUUUCUUAAAGUUUUCUCCUUUACGAAUCUUCCCAAGUGAAAACGAUCAAAGUCUCAAACUUUCACGCCGAGCUUAAGUUUCCAUUAUCUGGGUUUCUAAGAAUCAGGGUUUUAGAGCUUGUUUGUGGAAGAUGGGAGAGUUUGAGGUAGAUGGAGAAGAGAAGCUGAUUGUUGCUGCAGAGUAUCUCGUUCAGGAGCUUAGAUCCAACAACAAGAGCCUCACCAGAAACGCUAAGAAGGUUCUGGGGAGUCUCUUGUCAGAGCUAUCUCGUGUGGUGGUAAUCUCCGAAGAGAUUGAGCAGAGGCUUAGUCUCGUUUGCGAGAAGAUCACGGCUCGUGAGGUCGACGAAACCAUGAUAUGGGACUUGGGUUCGGACGCAGGCAACGAGUUUCUGGGAGCUGUGAAAGAGCUGAGAGGUUUGAUCGAUCGUUUAGACGGAACAACAGAGGAGGAGGUCUCUUUAAGAAAAGCUCACGACGUUCUUCAAACGGCAAUGGCGAGGCUCGAGGAUGAGUUUAAGCAUCUUCUUGUUGAACACGCCGUGGAAGCUUCUUUCGGCGCCGCUUCCACUGAGGAUUUGGUUCCUGGAAGAAACUCAGAGGACCAUAUAGUGGUUGAUUUGAUUAGACCUGAGGUUAUAUCGGAUCUCAAGAACAUUGCAGACGCUAUGAUUGCUUCAGGGUACGACCGCGAGUGUAUCCAGGUAUGUACAACGGUUAGAAAAGAGGCUCUAGACGAGUUUCUCUAUGACCAUGAGGUCGAGAAGUUGAGUAUUGAAGAUGUUUUGAAGAUGGAUUGGGCUACGUUGAAUACAAACAUCAAGAAAUGGGUUAGGGUUAUCAGAAGCGUCGUCCAGAUGUAUCUCGUUAGCGAGAAGUCUCUCAACAGUCGGAUCUUCGGGGAGCUAAACGAGAUCUUUGUCGAUACGGUGAAGGCUCCGGUGAUGCAGUUGCUCAACUUCGGCCAAGCUGUGUCUAUCGGUCCGCGGCAGCCCGAGAAGCUGCUUAGGAUUCUCGAGAUGUACGAGCUGGUGUCCGAGCUUUUACCUGAGAUAGAUUCUCUCUUCUCUGAUCAUCAUCUUGGUUUAUCGGUUAGAACGGAGUACAGAGAAGUGAUGAGGAGGCUAGGCGACUGCGCGAGAGCGACGUUUCUUGAGUUCAAGAGUGCCAUUGCUUCUGAUGUUUCCUCUCAUCCUUUCCCUGGAGGAGCGGUUCACCCGCUUACCAACUAUGUUAUGAACUACCUCAUGGCGUUAACGGACUUUAGCCAAACGCUGGACUCGCUUCUCAUGGAGCACGAGGAUGGAGAGGAUCUCGCAAUACCUCCUUCGCCGCCUGAUGUUAUCAACCAAGUGGAAGAAGAGUUUCCCUACGAUUCGCCGGAGAAGUUUGUGGCGAUGAAGCGACAUUUCUACUCUAUAGCUUCGGUUCUUGAAGCUAACCUUCAAGUGAAGUCGAAGCUGUACAGAGACGUCUCUCUGAGACACAUCUUUCUCCUCAACAACCUACACUACAUGACCAGGAAAGUGCUGAACUCCGAGCUGAAACAUAUCUUUGGCGAUAGAUGGAAUCGAAAACAUACGUGGAAGUUUCAGCAGCAAGCAACGGAGUACGAACGUGCCACCUGGCUCCCUGUCCUUUCUUUCCUCAAAGAAGACGGUUCUGGUUCUGGUUCUGGUUCAGGAUCUGGUUCGGGUUCGAGAAACUUGCGUCCUAGGGAGCGGUUUCAAGGGUUUAAUUCUGCGUUUGAGGAAGUGUACAAGGCGCAAACAGGUUGGUUGAUAUCGGACGAGAGGCUGAGAGAAGACGUGAGGACGAAGGCGUCCAUGUGGGUGAUUCAAGCGUACUGGACGUUUUACAGUAGACACAAGAACAGUGUGAGUGAGAGGUAUAUUAAGUAUAUCACUGAUGAUCUUGAGAAGCUCUUGUUGGAUCUCUUUGCUGGUUCUCCUAAAUCCUUGAGCAAUUCUUACAGAAGGUGAUCACUUGUCUAAUAGUUUUGGUGUGUUACUAGAAUAUAGACAUGUAUGUUUGUAUUAAAUUUAUUUUGACCUUUGUAAUCUUUAUAUUCAUCAUUUCAUGAAUAUGUGUAAUGCAAUAAAAGUUUUCUUGUUGUUUA